UUCUAUAUUCUGAACCAGCAGGUCAUGCACAUCUUAAAAGUAUAAAAGGAAAAGUUAUAUGAAUUUGUAUUCAUUUAAUCAAUGGAUUUCGUUCCGCUAAGUUUAAAGAAAAUUACUAGGUAUCUUGUAGGUACAUUUAUCACAGUACCUACCUACCUAACUAAUUAAUUAUUUAUUAUUUUUUAUUCACAUCGUAAAUGUGAUUCUCGUAGAUUAUUGUGUAAAUACCAGACCCAGAAUUCGGCUUCAUAUGUUACCUACUUAUUAACAAUGGCUCAAAACGACGAUAAGGUAGUGGGAGGAAUAAAAGGUAUUAUAAAAUCCGACAGUCACUAUACCAUUAAAUUUGAAACUGGAGAAAAGGCGAGGCUAAAUAUCUUAAACGAUCAUGUAUUUAGAUACUAUAUGGAACCUAGCGGAGAGUUCUUAGAGUAUCCCGAGCCAAUGAAUCCUGAUGAUGUUGCAAAGAUGACUGUGAAAACGGCAGUUGAUUACGGGUAUGCAGCAUUCAAGGAAUCUACUCUUGUAGAUCUCGUUGCCCAUUACAUUGUGCAAACAAGAAAUAUAUUGAUAGUAUUAGAUAAGAUAAGAGGCACUAUGAAAGUACACAACACUAUAACCGACAAAGAAGUUUUAAGUGAGACAAAGCCUUUAUCUUACAUUGAAUGCCAAUCAACUCAAUGUUUGCAUCAGAGAGAAGACGAAUAUUUUUUUGGGGGCGGAAUGCAAAAUGGGAGAUUUACCCAUAAAGGAGAAGUAAUACAAAUUUUGAAUAGUAAUGAUUGGACUGACGGUGGAGUAACAUCUCCUUGUCCGUUCUACUGGUCUUCUUACGGGUAUGGUGUAUUUAGAAAUACGUGGCAACCAGGAGUUUACGAUUUCGGUGACACGUCAGAUGAUUUUAUUAAGACAAUUCAUAAAGGCGAAGAAUUUGACGCAUAUUUCUUUAUAAAUACCUUACCAAAGGAUAUAUUAAAUGACUAUUAUGAGUUAACAGGACGACCAAUAUUGAUGCCAGAAUAUGCGUAUUACGAGGCACAUUUGAACGCUUUCAAUCGUGAUUACUGGGUCGAAGUGUCCUCUGACACGCACAAAGCAAUACUAUUUGAAGAUGGAAAAUACUACAAAUCUUACCAGCCCAGUGAGAUCGGAGAUAAGAAAGGCAUAUUGGAAUCCUUAAAUGGAGAAAAAAAUAACUAUCAAUUCUCGGCUCGCGCUAUGGUAGACCGGUAUAAAAAGCACGAUAUGCCUUUAGGUUGGUUUAUACCUAACGACGGUUACGGUUCUGGUUAUGGGCAAACAGACUCAUUGGAUGGUGACAUCCAAAACUUAAAAAAAUUCGUAGAUUACUCUCUACAAAACGGUGUAGAAGUCGCUUUGUGGACAGAAUCUAAUUUGCAUCCAGCAGAUCCUCUAAAUCCUAAAAAGGGAGAGCGUGACUUAAAUAAAGAAGUCGGUAUAGCUAAAGUGGUCGCGCUUAAAUGUGACGUGGCUUGGAUAGGCAGUGGCUAUUCGUUUGGACUUAAUGCUGUUGAAAACGCAGCUGAGAUAUUUGUAAAUAAAACAAGGCAUACCGUUAGACCUAUGAUUCUAAUGGUAGAUGGCUGGGCUGGCACACAACGUUACUCCGGUAUCUGGAGCGGUGAUCAAAAGGGCGGGGAAUGGGAAUACAUUCGAUUCCAUAUUCCUACUUAUAUUGGGACAGGCUUAUCAGGACAGCCUAUAGUUGGUUCAGAUAUGGAUGGUAUUUAUGCAGGAGGAUGCAAAGAAGUCAAUAUUCGCGAUUAUCAAUGGAAGGCAUUUACUCCAUUACAAUUAAACAUGGACGGCUGGGGUAAUACUCAGAAAACUCCUUUUAGUUUUGACCAAGAAGCUACCACAAUUAAUAGAGCUUAUUUAAAGCUGAAAGCUAUGUUAAUGCCUUACAAUUACAGCAUUGGAUACGAGUCGAUUAGUGGACUUCCAAUGGUUAGGGCGAUGUUUCUAGAAUUCCCAGAAGAGAUCCCAGCUUACACUAAAGAUUCUCAGUAUCAAUAUAUGUGGGGGCCAAAUAUAUUAGUUGCCCCUAUUUAUAAUGACUGUACAGACGAUGACGGAAAUUCUAUACGUGGCGGUAUUUAUCUUCCAAAUUCAAAUCAAGUGUGGGUAGACAUUUUGACUGGCGAAAAAUAUCAAGGUGGAAAGAUAUAUAACAAUAUUGUCGCACCACUGUGGAAAAUUCCAGUUUUCGUUAAGGAUGGUUCAAUAAUACCAAUGACAAAUCCCAAUAACAACCCCUAUGAAAUAAAAAGAGACUGUCGAACAUUUACAAUAUAUCCAAGUGGUGCUUCAAGUUUUCUUGUUUAUGAAGAUGACGGCAUAUCCUCAGACUAUUUACAAGGUAUUUCAGGUUAUGCCACAACUAAAAUUGAAGCGACUGGCCCUGAAUCUAAUAAAGGCAACUUGUUAAUAAAAAUAUUUAAAACUACUGGAAAUUAUAAAAACAUGACCAAAGAAAGACGGACUAUAAUACAAAUAAUGUCUUCGAAAGACGUUCAACACGUAAAAGUUGAUGCUAGUGGACAACCGAUCAUGAUAGCUAAAGCUAGGAAUAUUAAUGAAUUUGAAAGUCGAGACAAUAUAUUCUUUUACAAGGAGGAUUUCAUUUUAAACCCAUAUUUAAACGAACAUAUUGAAUUAAAACAAAAGUUUUUAUUACUAAAACUCGAGAAGUUCGACGUAACCUCCAACGAAAUAACUAUAAAAGUAAAUAAUUAUACUAAUCAGGGAGCAAUAUUUGGAAAACUACAGGAAAAUAAUAAAAUACCAGGAACGAUAUGUUCCUUUCAAGGCAACUAUUUCGAAACAACAGCAACUUCAAUUACUCUUGAUUGGAAAGAUUGCGGAAGUGCAGAUUUUUACGAGAUUGACAGAGAUGGUACAGUCUUUACAAAUAUUAGAAAAAAAUUAUUCACUUUCGAUAAUCUUGCUUAUGAAAGUGCUCAUGAAUUCAAAAUACGAUCUGUUUCGAAUAACGUAGCUUCGGAAUGGAGCAAUGUUAUUUCCGUUUCAACACACGCAGAUCCUUUCAAACAUCUAAUUUUGGGAGUGCAAGUGACAUGCAGCCUACCUAGUCAACCGAAUCAAGAAGUUUCUAAUUUAACAGACAGUAGUCCCAGCUCAAUGUGGCAUACCGAUUGGGGAAAACCUGGCCAGGCGAAUCCAGAAGAAGGAAAAUAUAUAAAGCUCCUCUUUGACUUAGGAGAUGAAUAUGAAUUAGAUAAAGUCGAUUACAUACCUCGUAACGAUGCAGGCAAUGGUACUUUUCUACAGAUCCAAUACACGUAUUCGACGAAUAACACCGACUGGAGUCCUUUGUCGGAUCCUAUUAAAUUUAAAGGCGACAAUUCAGUUAAAACUAUACCCUUUAACGGAAAGAAAUUAAGAUACUUGCAACUUAUAGUUUUGAACGCCGUCGGUAACUUUGGAUCAGGUCGCCGAAUGUUGUUUUUCAAAAAAUAA